GUUGUUAUUGUUGUUGUUGCUGCUGCUGUUUCUGUUGUUGUUGCUGUUGGAAUGAUUAUUGUAAUAUCUAUUUUAUUUUCCUAUAAUUAAGGUGUUCUUAUGAAAACCUUUCAAAAAAAUAAAAUUUAAGGUGUUUUUCAUUUUGCAUAAUAUCUUGGCCCUAAUAUCUUCUUGUUUCUAUAUAUUAAUGAUUGUCAGACGAGAACCUGAUGGGACGAUUUGAUCGAAUAUUUGCUUUAAGAUGUGUUGGCAUAACAAGUGAAGAAAAGUUAUAUAACUUAUAUUUAUUUUUCUAUUCCACCAUGGUUUGUGUUUUAUGUAAGUUGUUGCAGUAGUAGUAUCAAUGCGACUAAUGCGACUUGUAAGUUGUUGCAGUGGUAGUAUCAAUGUGACUUGAGAAAAAUCGAGCUACCUCAAGAAUAAAGAAUUACUACAACAUUUAUUAGUAAGUGUAAGUCUAACUCACACCAAGAAACUAGUUUAAUGCACUUCUGAAAUUUCUAAACACUUAUAUACUGGUCUAGUACUCUCUAAAGUACAGUUGUGUGAUUGUUUGAUAGAGUUUGAGUUUUCGGCCUUAAUCUUUUUUCUAGAUUCAGGACCAGCCGUUGCGAAUACCUUAUGAUAGCCUUAAAGACAUAACAAACCAGUAACUAGCGUUAAACCACUAGUUCAAUGCACUUCUGAAAUGUGAAAUCAUUUUGCAAUUACAAUUUCUUCAUUCUAGUAAUUGUUUCUCCAAAUUAAUUCAAAUUAAGUCAUCUCUGCUUUAUUCUUUCGACUAGCAUGACUGCUAAUUCUGAUCGACUUGAAACAGGUGUGUGUGCAUGCAUGUGUAUAUAUGUAAGUUGUUGUCUUUUGUAACUAUCAGUGUGUUAGUGGUCAUGUAUGUCUCCUUAGUCCUUUCUCUCUACCCGGGAAAUACUCUCGUCGACUAGUUUUAAUUACUUUAUUUACCCAUAGAGAAUUGAGUAAACUGCAUCUAAUUAAAAAACAAAUUGUUUAAAAAGACUUGAAAAAGUCUUUUUGUUGGCAAAUUAAAUAUAGUGCUCUCCUUCUUCUUCACAACCAAGAAUGUGUCCGAAACCUAAUCUCUGAUUCUCUCUCUCCCUGUUUCCAACUUUUUUCUCUUUCGUUUAUCUUUCUCUUCAGAAGAAAUGAAAAUCAAUGGAUAAAGAAAACGCUGAUUUGCUCUACAAGUCAGGGCUUGGCGCAUUCACAGUGUUGCAGCAUCUGAACUUCUAACAGAAAAUCAUGACGACCGUGAAAGGCCUUCUUAAAGGUCUUCGCUACAUUACUCAGAUUUUCGAUGAAGAUAAAGACCAAGAUAUCCAGAUCGGGUUUCCCACCGAUGUAAAGCAUGUUGCGCACAUCGGAUCCGACGGUCCUGCAGCCAAUAUGCCAAGCUGGAUGGGUGACAUCAAACCUCAAGAGCAUGAGAAUGGUCAAGUUGUUUCCCGAGGAGAUGUGACCAACAAUCCAAUAGGGGAAGGAGUUGGAUUACAAGAGCUGUUGCCUCCUCCUGAGAAACUGAAGCACAAGAAGACAAGGCGUAAAUCCGAGACGACCUCACAAAACGGUUCUCCUCCUAGGAGAAGCAGCAACGUUUCAACAUCGGAUAUGCUACCAAAACAUUCGAGACGUCACAGCAGGAGUAGGCACGGGUCAAUGGACUCAUCGAAUGAUCCAUCAGUCAGGAGGAAGCGUGUUGUCUCGGUUAACGAGGCAGAAGGUUCUGAUCCUCUUUCAGAUAGUUCCACUACUCAUAGAAAAUCUACAUCGCGUCAUAGGAAGGUGAAAGGAUCCGGAGGAGGAGGAGGAGGAGAGGUCUCCAUGAAGAAGACGAAAGCAAAGCCCGAGAGUUCUAUUGUUCAACCGGUCGAUGUAUGUAAUGAUGGUAAUACCAGUAACAAAGACUAAAAACAUAGAAUGGUUUUGGUGACCUGUGGAUGUGUUGAGUGUGUAUGUAUGUG